AGUCUGAAUACUAUGCUGGGAAAAUGCUGCGUGCACAUUCUGCCAAGUUUACACUAGUUUUUUUUUAUUCAGACAAGAAUAAAAAAAUACGAUAAUUAUAUUCAGCGUUGUUAAUAAAUUUGAUUGUUUAUUAAGUAUCGAAUUGUCAACGAAUAAAAAAGGUCAUACAUUUAUUAAUUUUUUUUGUGUCUCUACUGGUUUCUGCGCAGGUUGGACUUUAGAACUUGCAUGAAAAUCUAGUAUCUAGCAUGUGGACAUACCGUUAAAAUACAGUAAUUUAUACGAUAAUUUUCACCUGUAAGAUACCAGGUAUCUUACCUACCCAAGACUGUUUACUUAUUUACCCAACCUUGGUGCUUAUGUUAUCUAUUUGACUUUUUUGCGUUUCAUCAUUGUGUUAUCAAUAAACACCCAUGUAUUUGUGUUGUUGGUAAAUUAAAAUUAAUAAAUAUACUCGAAAUUUAUUCUUUUUACUAUGAUUGAUCAGUAAAACAUUACAAUACUCAUUAUAAAAUCUAAAUAGCUAAUAGCUUCUCAACAAUAAUGGAUUAUCCAUCAUUAUCAGAAAGAGAUAAAAAAUCAUGGGAUGAUCCAUUGACAACUGAUGAAAUUAGAGAUCGUAAAAAUGAUUGGAGUCUUGCCAGUGAUAAUGGAUUACUUCGGCAUUUUCAAAAGUUUUCAAAGGAUAUAACUGAGAAAUUUGAAAAAACACAAUUAAUGUUGGCUGAAUUAAACAAUGAACUUGAUGAAGCAUCAGUAAUGGUUGAUAAUGUAACAAAUGCAUCACUUGCACUGGCAAAUACCCAGUUCAUAGAAUCACGUGUAUGUGAAGAAAAUGGAAAAAAUAAUUGUGUUGAAAACAAUGAAAAAGAUAAAAAAAAGCUUGAUCAAGAGUGUGACAUGAUUUUAUCAGUAAGUACAAGCAUUCUAGAAGGUUUAAAAUUUAUGAAUGGAAAAUUUGAGAAACUUGAAGUGGUUACAUCAAGUGAUGAAGAGGAUGAUUCUGAUUUUGAUGUUUAUGAUGAUUUUAAUGAUAAUAAUGAUGCUGCUGACGUUGAUAUUAACGUUGACGUUAAUGUGAAUAUUAGUACUGAUGAUGACAGUAGUUCUGAUGACAGUAGUGCUGAUGAAGCUGAUAUUGAUGAUGAUGACGACAAAGAUGAUGAUAUCGAUGAUUCUGAUAAAUCUGAUAAUGAUGGCAAUUAUAAUUACGAUUAUGAUUAUGAUGGUGAUAGUAACGAAGCACCAGCACGAAGUGUCAUAUUAAAAACCAAUGAUUUGUACAAUAAUCGUGCAUUGCCAUAUGUUAUUGGUAGUAUAAAAUGGAAGUCAUCAAAAACAGUUGGUCUUGAGUCGAGCAGCAGUGAGUCCGAGAUGCAAGAAGAUGAUGAAGUGAAAGGUGAUUACUCAGAUUGUGAUAGAGAAGUUGUAUUUACAGAAAGAAUAUCUACUUCAAGUAAUUCUAGCUCUAGUAAUGAAAACGAUGACAAGAGUGAUAAAAUUGAUAAAAUUUAUGCAAGAAGUCAAGGAACACUUAACUCUAUGUCAGAAAUUGAAACAACUACAAAUGAAAUUGUUGUUAAUGACACGAUAAAAAAAGAAGUACCGAGUUUUACUGAAGAACUUGCCAAAAGAUUGGCUAAUGUGUUACCAACUCGUAAACAACCUGAUGAUCGACGUGAAUCAGAUGAUGCAUCAGUAAAUUUUUCAAAAGAAGAUGAUCUAUUUGAGAAAGAAAAUAUGUUUAGUUCUGAUUCUGAUGAUUUAUCAACAAAUAAAAAUGAUUUAUUUGAUGAUAAAGUCUCAAGUAGUGUGUGGAAAAACAAACCGAUUAAAAAAACAAAUAUUAUUCCACCAAGUUUAGAUGUUCCUCCGCCGAUAAAUACCAUCGAGACACAGCCAAAGUCUUCAAUUGAUGAUCUUUUUGGUGAUAAUUCUGAUGAUUCUGAUGAUAUUUUUGCACCAAAAAAUUCAUGGUUAUCUACGAAAACUUCAAAGACAUCAAAUGAAAUUGUAUCAAGCUCAUCCAAGAAUAAUGACGAUCAAUUUAGUUCAAUUCAUGAUGAAAAUUCAUUUCCAAUAUCUGUGGAUUCAAUUAAAAAACCAGUGAGGCAAGUGCCUGGAAUACUGGUUAAUCAAUCAGACUUGGUGUCAUCAACACUUGGCAGUAGACUAUUUAAUAGAGCGAAAAAUGAUCAUUCUGAAUCGUUGAAAAACGAUGAAAGUAUUGAGACAAAAAAAGAUGGAGAUACAAAUGAAAUAGUUGCAAACCAGAGUGAAAGUAUGUUUGAUUGGAAUGUAAAACUUGAUCAAGUGAAUAAUAAAAAUCCAAUUUGUAGCAGUAGUGAAAAUAUUAUUCAGUCCAGAAGAGAGAACAGUACAUUUGAGAUAAACAGAGAAUUUUUGAGGAAGUCAACUCGACUAGAUUCAGAAGAAAUUGAUCAUAGUGAGCGUGUAGCUAGUGACAGUACGUUAACUACUCAUGUAAAUAAAACAGAAACUAAAAGUUCAAUGAGUAACAUAAGUUAUAAUCAAUCGUUAACCUUGCCAGAGCAAAGUAAUAAAGAAUUAUCAUCAUUAUUAAGUGAUAAGCAUGAUGAUGAUGAACAAAAUGAUUGCUUUGAUAAUGAUAUUUUUAGUCCACCACCAUUGCCACUUGAAAACAGCAACACGAAAUCAAAAGUAUCAUCACUUUUUGAUGAUUUAGAUUCGGGUGACGAUCUAUUUUCGAACACGAGUUCCGGGUCACGUUCACAGAAAAGCGCUGAUCAGCCAGCAGUUACCUCUCAUCAGUACACCGAAAAAUCAAAAACUAUUAAGUCUCGUGGUUUAUUUGAUGAACCAUUAGAUUUGUUUUCCAAUGAUAGCAGUGUACCAGAAAUUGAUAUUUUUGCUAUUGAAUCUUUAAGUAGUAGCAAGUCAGUGUUAACAAAAUUACCUGAUAAAAAUACAAGUUCACCUUCAGUUAAAAAUUCAUUUGGAAAAGUAAAUUUAUUUGACGACGACGAAGACGAAGACGACGAUUAUUAUUUAUUUGGUGCAAAUACACAGAAACAAUCUAAAAUAAAAAUGGAUGACGAGAAGCACUUGGUAGACUCAUCUAAAAAUACCGAUAAACCUAAAACAAAUGAAUCAAGUGAAAAAAAUACAACUAGUAGUGAAAUUUUUAAUUCAAAAAAUACAACUAAUCAGCCAGUUGUUGAUAAAUCAGAAGAAAAUAUAAUAAUUGAUAAUUCAACAGUGUCUAAAAUAAAAAUAACCCAAGUAUCUAAAGAUAGCACAAAGUUAGAACCACCCAAGACACUUAAAAUUCGUUUGCCAAAUAUUUCUGAUACUGAUGAUUCAAGUCAAAAUUCACGACGUACAGUUUCAGGAAAAAUUGCAAAUUUAAUGGGUAAAAUGGGAGAUUUAAAAAUACUAUCACCAGUUGAUACACCACCAUUGUUUAAAAAAAGUGAAGAAAAGCCAGAUACAGAUGAUGAAAAUUCAGAGUCAAGUUCUGUCAGUUUGCCAAAAUCAACACAGCCUCUAAAAAAAGUUGAUAUUGAAACUAAAAAUAUUGAAAAUUCUCCGAAAUCCCCAUCCAUAAUCGAAACAGAAACUGCAGUAAGUUUUGAUGUUCCAGUACAGCCAGAAACGCUACUAGUUCGUUCAAAGAGUCGUGCAAAGAUAACUGCUAAACGUCGACCACAAAGUAGACAUGCUCGACAAUCAGCACUUCGUCAAAGUGGCAUUGACUUUGACAGUGUUGAUUCUGUUCAGUUUAAUGAUGCAACAGAGAGACUGUCAUCUGACAAAGCAUCAACAAUUGACGACAAAUCAGAAAUUAGUUUAGAAAAAGAAAGCUCAAAGAGCAUAACAAAGAAUACACUUUUGUCACCUUCAACAGAUGAAGAAGAUCUCUUUGAUGUUCCACCAGAUUUACCAACAGAUCCUCUUAGAGAAGACACAUUAUUUGGUCGUAAUCAAAUUUUAUCACCAUUUGAUAAUAAUGAAUGUGAUGAUUUGAAAAAAACUGAAGUAAAAGAUACGCUUGAAAAAAAUAAUCAACAAGAAAUAAAAGAUACUCAUGAAUUUAAUAAAAAUGAUGAUAAUAAAACUGAUCCUCUGAGAAGUUAUAGUAAUGAUAUGGUACAAGAUCCAAGUCAAUUGUUUGCACGUGUCACGAAAACUCCUUCACCAGAAAAAAAUAAAAAUAAAAUUUUUGUUGAUGAUGAUGAUGAUGACAGUUUGUUUGCUGAUGCGAUAAAAAAAGAGUCAAGUGAUUUGGGAAAUAAAAAAAAUGAUAAUUUAUUUCCUGAUGAAGAUUCAAUAUUAUUUUCUAGUCCACUUACUAAGCAAUUUGGUAAAAAAUCAAUGAAAACGACUAGAAGUUUGUUUGAUGAUGACGACAGUGAUGAAGAUUCGAAAGAUGAUUUGUUUGGUUCAGCAUCGAGCAAAAAAAGUAAAUCAAGUAAAUUGAAAGCUGAAAAUUCAUUGACCAAUGUGAGUCAUGAAAAAAUACAGUCAAUAAAAUCAGAUAAAAAUAAAGCAUCUAUUGAUAAUAAUGAUGAUGAUGAAAAUGACGACUUUUUCUUUAAUGCAAAUGAAAAAACUUUGAAUAUUGGAAAAAAAGAUCAAUUAUUUUCAUCGAAACCAUCUGAAUCAAGAAACAAAAGUAUUUUUAGUGACUUAGAAAGUGAUGAUGAUGACAUUUUUUUACCAAAGUGAUACUAGAUUUUUGACUAAUAAUGAUAAAUGAAAAUUAUCAUCGUCAACAAGUCAUUAUAUACAUUGAUAAAUGCAAGUUGAAUAAAUUAUAAUAUAUCUAUAUAUUUUUAUCAUAAACCAAUGUUGGAAAAAAAAGAAGAAACAAACACUGUCGAAAGAGCUCUGCAUUUUUUAUUUAAUUUAUAAAAUGCAAAUUGGUAAAAAAAAGCAAUUUUUUGCCUUUUUGGUAAAAAAUUAUUUAAGCUUAUCUAUUUGUUAACGAAUGUUGAAAAUCAAUUCAAGUCAACAAAGUCCAUCAGUUUUGUCUCCCACUCAACAAUAAUAAUAACCUGUUUUUGUUAUAAUAAUAUUGUUUUUUUUUGUUAUCAAUUUUAUUGAGAUUAUAACGUAUUUAUUGAAAAAGAAAUUUUUAAUUUAUUAGUAUCUAAAAAAAAAAAAAAAAAUAAACAACAAUUGCCAAUUUUUUUCUGAAUUAAUAUAAGAAUAUUUUUUUAUUGUAAAUAACAAAAUAAUUGUCCAUGUAAAAAUCGAUAAAUGUUAAUAAUUAAAAGGCCUAAUUAAAUACCUUAUAUAGAAGCAUUUAAAAUAUUUUAAGUUAAUAUUACUAUUGUAUAAAAACCUAUUAUAAAUUGACUUGUUGAACUGAGAAGUUAAAUUUUUGAUAAUUUAAUUAAUUAAUUUAUUGAAAAAUAGAAAAUCAAUAACACUGAUAAGUUAAGUUAAGUCUUAUUUUUUGCCUCAGAAAAAAAUGAAAAAAAAAAAAAAAAUUUAAUAAUUCAUAUUCAACG